AUGGGUCCUUUUCCUUCAUCCUUUAGCAAUCAGUACAUUCUUUUGGCUGUCGAUUAUGUGUCUAAAUGGGUCGAAGUUGCAGCUACACCUCAGAAUGAUGGUAAGACAGUUCUCCGCUUUCUACAAAAGAACAUCUUUACUCGGUUUGGUACUCCUCGAGCAAUAGUAAGCGAUGAAGGGAGUCACUUCUGUAACAAGCAGUUUAAAGCACUUCUUUCAGAUAUGGUGUCCGACAUCGAACUGCUUUACCAUACCAUCCCCAAAGUAAUGGCCAAGCUGAAAUUUCUAAUCGGGAGAUUAAGAUGA